AUGUCCUGCCCCGAUUGCUUCAGCGGCCAUGUACACUCCGGGGAGCCACAGGGCGAGGUGACCAAACUGCACGGACUCGACGUCUACGUUGCAUCGCCAGCGCCAGAGCCAACGGGGAACUCAGCAAUCAGGGGAAUUAUCAUUAUCAUUCCGGAUGCGUUUGGCUGGGAGUUUGUCAAUAACCGGAUACUGGCGGAUCAUUAUGCCCAGAAGGGCGGGUACAGAGUUUAUCUACCGGAUUUCAUGAAUGGACGCUCGUGCCCUGUGUGGGCUAUAAGCCUCAUGGGGGAUCUGUUCAAGACAGAUACCCUGUACGACUGGCUUGUCAAACCCUAUCAUAUCGUUCGCGCGAUGUACGCCAUGCUCCCAUUCAUGUACUUCAACCGCUUCAGCAGAUCCUGGCCCAUCGUCAAGUCAUUCUUCGCCGCCGUCCGCCAGGACGAAGGAGCUCAGCUCCCCAUCGGAGCAGCCGGUUUCUGCUGGGGAGGCAAGCACACUGUCAAUCUGGCUCACGGGGCUGAAGUAGACAGCAAACCAUUGAUCAAUGCUGGAUUCACGGGACAUCCUAGCCUCUUGAGCAUCCCCGGGGAGAUUGAGAAGAUAAAGAUCCCCGUUAGUUUUGCCCUGGGAGAAUUGGAUAUGGUUGUGAAAAAGCCGCAGAUUGAGCAGAUCAAGAACAUUAUGGAGAGUAAGGAUGGGGUUGGUGAGGUGAAAGUUUACUAUGGGGCUAGUCAUGGGUUCUGCGUGCGAGCAGACCAUGUUCUGAAAGAUGCCGAGCAGCAGGCUACUGAAGCAGAAGAUCAGGCUCUGGAUUGGUUCAAUCGCCACUUCGCUAAUGUACAAUAA